AUGCUUGAAUCAAACGAUAUUGAUGAUGAUAUUCCUAUGUUAGAAGAAAAUGAGAGGUUAAAUUUAACAUUUAAAAGAUUAUUUGAUGAUGCACUUAAGAUUGAAGAUGAUGUAGAAGAAAAUGACAUUCGUGUAGUAGCUGCAAUUGAUUUCGGUACCACAUAUUCGGGAUAUGCAUAUGCUCAUUUAAAAAGUAAUCCUUUAGAUAUCAUAACUUGCGUUGAAUGGCCAGAAUAUGAUGGUAUACCAAAGGUGCCAACAGUCCUCAAGUACGAUGAAUCCUUUAAUGUUAUAGAUUGGGGAUAUCCUGCAUUAAUCAAUCUAGAUCGAAGAAAUCUAGAUCGAAAAAGUCUCAAUCAAAUAUCCAAUAUGAAACCCGUAGAAUUAUUUAAGCUUCACUUAGGCAACACUGAUGACAUGGAGAGUAAGCCUUAUCUCCCUUCUGGGCUUGGUUACAAGCAAGCUAUAACCGAUUAUUUACGUGAAAUAGGUGAUUCGCUUAAGGAUCAGUUAAAACGAUGGCAAACUAUUGAUUAUUUUAAAAACGUUCGCUUGGUUUUGACAGUUCCUGUAGAAUUCGAUAAUGAUGCUAUAUCUAUUAUGCGUAAAUGUGCAGUUGAGGCCGGGUUAACGAAACAAAAACAUAAUUCCAAUGGUUCUAAUUUGUUAUUUGUACAUGAACCUGAAGCAGCAGCAGUACAUUGCUUAAAAAGCUCAGGUGAAUAUAAUUUGUUAGCUGGAGAUACUUUCAUGGUUGUAGAUUCAGGCGGUGGCACGGUUGAUAUAACGACAAUGAAGUUAUUAGUAGGUGGCAAAUUAAGUGAAAAAAUAGAGAGUAAAGGGGAUUAUUGUGGCGGCAAUUAUGUAGACCAAGAAUUUUUAAAAUUUUUAGCCAAAAAAGUUGGUGAAUCAACAAUUGAAAUUUUAAAAAAAUCACAUUAUGGACAAAUUCAAUAUGUUGUUCAAACAUUUCGCCGAAGAAUUAAAUAUCGAUUUACAGGAAAACGUGAAGAUUUUAAUGAUUUUGAAUUGGAUUUAGAAGAUUCAUGUCCAAUUAUGAAGAACUAUGUGAAAGAUGACAUAAAAGACGAGUUGGAACUAUCGAUGUGGGUUAUAACUAUAAAAUAUGAUGAUGUAAAAGAGAUGUUUGAUCCAGUUAUUGAUAAAAUUAUCAAGUUGAUUCAUGGAAGAGUUAAUGCUCUUGAUACUCCAUGUUCCGCUAUGUUGUUAGUCGGUGGAUUUAGUGAAUCUAAAUAUUUGGUAUCUAGGAUCAGAGAAGAAUUUAAAGAAAUUAUUCCAAAUAUUUCCAUUCCUUCUAAUCCUAUGCUUGCAGUUGUUAAAGGUGCUGUCCAAUUUGGAAUUUCCCAAAAAAUCAUUGUAAAUCGUAUUUUGAAAUGGACUUAUGGAACCGAUAUUAUAAGAAAAUGGGAGUCAAGCGAUCCUCUGGAUAGAAAAAUUGGUGACCAUAUUAAAGUUUUCAGCAGAUUAGCCAAAAGAGGGGACAAAGUGUCUGUAGGUGAAAAGGUUGUAAGAAUUUUUUCAACGACGCAUGCCCUUCAAUAUAUGAUGGGUCUAGAUUUAUAUGUCACGCGUGACAAUGAUGCAGAAUAUUGCGAUAGUCAAGGUGUGGAAUUACUUGAUAAAUUCAAUAUCAAGGUACCUAUUACUGGUACUGAAAAGCGUGCGAUUCUGUAUAUUAUGAACUUCGGUAUGGUAGAAAUUCAAGUCACUGCGAUAAAUCCAGAUAAUGGAAUGAAAUACGAGAGAGUGUUUGAUUUUGAUAUCUAA